AACGCGACAGGACGAGCGCCCCCUGUCGGCGGCACCGUGUCAAUCCGUCCUCCGCGGGCUGUUCCCGACACUGCGCCGUCCUCCCUCCGCUCUCCUGAUCCUCUUAUCGCUGAAGAGGCGCCGAAGAUGGAUACAGUCAACCAGUUGGUUGCCACUGGGCAGUUCACCAUCAUCAAACAGCCUUUAGGCUUCAUAAAGAUACUACAAUGGUUUUUCGCCAUCUUUGCGUUCUCCACCUGUGGCUCUUAUUCUGGAGUCUUCCGGAUGAGUGUGGAGUGCAAGAACCGAACGGAGAGUGACCUUGACAUCGAGGUGGAGUUCGCUUACCCGUUCAGGCUUCAUCAGGUGUGGUUCGAUGUACCAACAUGUAAAGGGCCGGAGCCGGAGCGGCUGUUUCUGGAGGGAGAUUACUCUUCCUCCGCCGAGUUCUUCGUCACCAUUGGCGUUUUCUCCUUCCUCUACUCCAUGGCAGCACUGUCCAUCUACAUCUUCCUGUUGGAGAAAUAUCGUGAAGGCAACCGCGGAGCACAGGCUGAUUUUGUGAUGACGGCUCUGUUUACCUUCUUUUGGCUGGUGAGUUCGUCAGCAUGGGCUAAAGGCCUCUCAGACGUUAAGAAAGCCACAGACCCUGACCAGGUCAUCAACCUGAUUUCUGCCUGUGACCGCGAGGAGAACCGCUGCCGAGAAGUGCAUGAACCUGUCGUCUCUGGCCUGAACACAUCUGUGGCGUUUGGCUUCUGUAACUUGGUGCUCUGGGGAGGAAACCUUUGGUUUGUCUUUAAGGAGACUGGUUGGCUGGGCGCUUUCGCGGGUACCUACGCGCCCUCUGGAGAAAAGCAGCCAGCUCCAGACUCCUACGGACAGCAGGGUUAUGGGCAGGACCCUUACGCUGGAUCCCAGGGCGGCUACCAGCCCGACUACGGCCAACAAGGAGGUGGAUAUGAAGGAGGGAGCUACAACCAGGGAGGUUAUGAUCAGGGAGGUCCUACCUCCUUCUCCAAUGAGAUAUGAGCCUGUCCACACAGCAUAGCAGCUCUGCACAGGCCACAAGGAGAUGGCAUUUGUGUGACCAAGGAGUGCGGAGCCUGACUAUUACCCACAAUUCCACACUCCUGAGUUUCCCUGUAUGAACAGUGAGUGUACAGUCGGAGGGAGGGAGGGAGGGAGGGAGGGUACGUGUGGGCGUUUGGGACUGGGCUGUUAAUAUCAUAUCCAGUGGGAAAUGUCUUGGGCUUAGGAGAAAAUCAUUUAACCACACUCUCUACUCUUCUUUUGAAUUCUCUGCUGCAGACUCCAAACGGUUGCUUAUCUUAUUAUAAUAAAGAAUGACUUGAACACACUACCAAAAAAAAAAAAGACAAACAAAACAAAGAAAAAUGAAGAAAACAAGAAUUAUAAUGCAUACCUUAUAUAAGAGAUUGAGACCAGUUGGAAUGAAUUAUAGAAAUAUUAAUCAUGGAGGAAUGUAUUUGUCUGUGCUGUGUAAAUAUCUAUGAUAAUAUAUAUUUGAAUAGCUCUAUAUUGUGAAUAAAUGCUCAGAUGAAUGGUUAUUGUCUGUUCCUGAAUUGAGAACAGAAGGACUCACCUGUAUUAACCAGUUUGUUUGGUAGUGCAGUAGUAUAGUUUUCUUACUUUGACAUAUUAUUUCUCGUGUUUUUUCCCUGUCACUACUGAAUUCUCGACUGCUGAAACUACAGCAAGAGGGUUGAGUGUGAAGUUUCAGUAUGAAUGUGCGAAUUUAUUUAAUUUUUUUUUAUUUGUUUGAAAAUAUUAGACUUAGGUAGAUAGAAGUGUGAAAAAGAGAGCGGGAACAAAAGUUGUCGGUAGUUUGAAAGGGAAAUGGAAGAAAAGUUCCACAUGAGAGGGAGAGAAAGAGGAAUGCGGAAAAAGGCAAUCAUGGGAAUUACAUCCGCUCUUAACCCUUAGAGGUUCACAGUCAUUUGUUGUCAUUUUCCCCAAAUUAUUUCAUUGUAAUUAAAUCAUGAAUUGCGUAGACACAUCAUUUUGAUUUCCAUUCUGUAUCAACAAGUUUCUGCAUUAGGCUUGAGCCGACUGAUCACAGGCAGAGUUUAACAUAUUAUAUUAAUGUUAUCAAUAGACUAAUAAUAACAAUAAUAGCCACCAAAUGUUUGUAAAACAACAUAGAAGCUUGUCGGAAAUACUCGAGUCCUUGCAUUUUCAGCCCACUUUUAAUCAAUUUUUAAUCGACAGCAAGGUAAUAAACCAUAAUAAAAAUAAUGACACAAUAAUGUCUACACUACUUCAUACUUAGUGAGAUUGUGGAAUACAAAAAACAGUGAUAUAACGACUCUUUGUUUUCUGUAUUUAGUUGGAAUCAGCUUUUACUUUCAAUAUGAACACUUUCAUUUAAUUACAUUUAAUUAAUUUUGUUGAACAUCAUAUAUAUCAUUUGAAUUUGUUAUGAUCCAUGUUGUCAGCUUUUUAGAAUAUUAGCCAAAUCUGUGCAGUGUUUCUGGUCUAAUGAAAACUGGGGUGUUACUAGUAAACAACGAGUGACAAGCGGGAGUAUUUUUGGCAGUAAGCCUUGUGUCUGCAAAUUCCUGGUAUAGAAGCCACGAUGCUAACAAGAGGGUGUUUUGCAGGUGGGCUAAAAUACUGCUGGUAUAAAGCUGAGUUUAUAGCUAAGCUGUAGCUGUUUUAUUAUUUUACCAAGAACUGAUUCAUUGGCUGUAAACACAAGAUUUAUUAACCUGAUAUCAAGAGCAAUCAAAACAUACGAAGAACAGCAAAAGCAUAAGCAAGAACAAAGUUAUCUCACAAGCUUCUGAGCAGACUUGCACACAGGUUUUCACCCAGUUCAAAUCAUAAUGUAACAUCUUUUCUUGUAUUUACGAACACAACGGUGGAAGAUAUGAAAUGUGCACUUCAGAAAGAAUUUUCCUACUGCGACUUCUAAGGGUUAAGUGUUAAGGGCCAGUGUUUGGCCAGAUUUCAUGGAUUUGUUGAUGAUGCUAGCAUUUCAAAACAAAAAAGUAUUCAACUUUCAGCAAGCUUUGGUAUGAGUGAACAGGUUAGGGGUGUCCAAAGAAAUGAGACUUGAAUGAAAACAGACCCGUGACCUCGCCCUCCCUCUGUACUCUGCCACUGCAUUGCUUGAAAAAGGCAAUAAUCUCCUAGUGAACCAUGUGAUAAAUAGGUUUCCUAAUGUGUUUUUACAGAACAGUCACACACCAGAAGGAAUUCCUCUAUAGGGACACCCUGAGGAACCCCUGCAUAGUCUUUUAGAACCUGUAGAUUAUUUAAAAUUGCCUACAUGUGCAGACAUAGACUGAACAAGACUAAGCAAGACUGCUGGAUGUUCUGAAAUGUGGUCAUUAUGUAAAUGAUUACAUAUAGACUAAACAAAGAUGAGUUGUGAAUGAGAGAGAAUGGUCGACUCCUGAAUAGUAUGUUCACUGUAUUUCCAAGUGUUGAGACAGUGCUGUUCACUUUGAAACAGUCUUGAUUGUCCCUUUCUAUUCUUUGCUGCUUUGUUCCUCCCUCUCUCCUUUCUCUCUCUCUCCUUGUGUAUCUUCUUCAUGUUUAAUAAAGUGUGGUCAGUAGCAA